GAACAUGACUUUUUGAUAUUGUCAAUUAAUGAACACUGUGCAUUGCUUGUGAUGUGCAUUGAUUGGUUUAAUAGUCUUCAUCUUACAAUUUCAGAUGGUCUGCAAUGCUGACUAUCUGAUCAGCAAUGUUGUGGCAAAGUGGCCCGGCUCGGUCCAUGACUCCCAAGUCUUUUGGACCUCUGGAAUCUAUCAGCGCCUAUCACAAGGUGAAUUCUCUGGUGUGUUGCUGGGGGACAGGGGGUAUGCCUGCCAGCCUUUUCUCCUCACACCAUACACAGACCCUCAGGAAGCACAGCAGGCCUAUAAUCAUGCCCAUGCCAGGACAAGGGCCAGGAUCGAAAUGACCUUCCUGAAGGCACGCUUUCACUGUCUUAACCACUUAAGGGUCAGCCCUUUGAGGGCAUGUGACAUCACUGUGGCCUGUGCUGUCCUCCACAGUGUGGCCUGCCUGAGGAAGGAGAGGGGCCCCAGAGUGCCAUCAUACAUGGACUGGGACAAUCCUGCCAUCUUCCUGAUGACGACAGUGGUCGGCUGGUCAGGGACCAAUAUGUGUUAAAUUAUUUUAGUUAACAUGCAUGCUUUAAAUUUCAGUUAAAUAUGUCCUGCAGUGGCAGAGAUGCAUGCUGUGAAUUUCAGUUAAAUAUGGCUUACAUUGGCAGAGGAAUUUGUGUUUUCUUUUUUAAUUCAAUUUAAAUUGAUUUGGCCUCUUAUGUUGUUUGUGCUGUAUACUGUGUGUAUACAAGCUUGCAGGGAGGCUACUGCAUCCAUUCAUUUUUCUGUUCAUUUGUUGUGUAUGGAUUUGUCCUGCAUUUAUUUUAGUGUGCAGACAUGCGGGGUGUAUCAUAUACAGACCUUUGAUUUAUUCUUGUGUUGUAUAAUAUGCUUUGAUUCCGUGCUUUCUAUCUUGUAGAGUCACUGUGUGACUUCAGUUUUGAAAGGAGCUCAUGGUUUACUUGCUUUGAUUUAUCCUUAUUCAAUAAAGGAACAUCAUGUUACUCUUUCAUGUGUAUUUAUAUUUAUAUGGGAUGUGUAUUUUAUAUAUAGUCUAUGGAAAACUGUAAAUUAUCUAAUGAUUGCAAAAUCAUCUAAAAUCAUCAUUUAUCUAAAAUGAUUGCAAUUAAUGAUCACAAAUGUUUAAAUAAUGACAGUGGGUCUGGUUGAAUGUGAUAACAAUGUGCAGUGGGCAGUGGAAUAACUAUUGGUUUCCGUUUGUGGUGACUGCUGACUGAGAUAAGGGAUGAGAUUGAAUAGAUCCUGGAACUUAGCCUGGUCUGGAGCAGGCUAGUUCCACAGAAUAAAUCUCCAUGGUAACUUAUGUCAUAACAUAUCCCGCUUUCCAAUAUCCCGCUUUUGUGCAACCAGAUCACGGAUAAAUUGAGCCAGGAUAACCAAGAUAUCCCGGCUUAAUCCCUUAUCCUAGUUUUGUGCAAUAGG